AUGGGGAACCAGGCAUUAUCACGGGGAUUGAUUUCUGGUGUCCGAUAUCUCAUCAUCGACGAAAAGUCCAUGAUUGGCCUGCAGAUGCUCUAUUGGAUCGAUCGUCGUUGUCAGCAGAUCUUCCUGGAUCGGCGUGAGGAACCCUUCGCUGGCUUGAACAUCAUCCUCGCUGGUGACUUCUUCCAGCUUCCUCCGGUUCCCCGGAAAGCGCUUUUCACCCCCGCUAAGCAGCCGUUUAAUUGUUUAAUUGUCGAGGAAUUGUAUGCAGAACGGAACGCCUCGCUCUCUGGGCCGGAGUUCUGCUGA